CUGCCCCUGGGGGAGGCAAUGAACGCCACAGGGUCCCAGCCGGUGGUGGUGGCCCCUGAGUCUUGCCAGGCUCUGGCAGCCGGUGGGCACAGCCACCUCCUCAUCCUUCAUUAUAACCACUCAGGCCGGCUGGCCGGACGCGAAGGCCCUGAGGCCGGGCCGGGGGCCCUGCGGGGUCUGUCGGUGGCCGCCAGCUGCCUGGUGGUCCUGGAGAACGUGGUGGUGCUGGCGGCCAUCGCCACGCACAUGAGGUCGCGGCGCUGGGUGUACUUCUGCCUAGUCAACAUCACCUUGAGUGACCUGCUCACGGGCCUGGCCUACCUGGCCAACGUCCUCCUGUCAGGGCCGCGCACCUUCCUGCUGUCACCCUGGCUGUGGUUCUUGCGAGAGGGGCUCCUGUUCAUGGCCCUGGCCGCGUCCACCUUCAGCCUGCUCUUCACGGCUGGGGAGCGCUUCGCCACCAUGGUGCGGAUGGCUGAGCGAGGGGCCACCAAGACUGGCCGCGUGCUAGGCUCCAUCGGCCUCUGCUGGCUACUGGCUGCCAUCCUGGGGCUGCUGCCCCUGCUGGGCUGGAACUGUGUGUGUGACUUCCCGCGCUGCUCCAGCCUGCUGCCACUGUACGCCAAGGACUACGUGCUCUUCUGCGUGGUCCUCUUCGCCCUGGUCCUGGUCACCAUCCUGGUCCUUUACGGGGCCAUCUUCAGGGUGGUCCGUGCCAAUGGACAGAAGGCACCUCGUCCCCUGGCCCGUCGCAAGGCCCAGCGGCUCCUGACCACGGUGCUCAUGAUCCUGGUGGCCUUCGUGGUGUGCUGGGGACCCCUCUUCGGCCUGCUGCUAGCUGACAUCUUUGGAUCCAACGUGUGGGCCCAGGAGUAUCUCCGAGGCAUGGACUGGAUCCUGGCUCUGGCAGUGCUCAACUCCGCCAUCAACCCCCUCAUCUACUCUUUCCGCAGUCGGGAGGUGUGUCGCGCGGUGGUGGCCUUCCUCUGCUGCGGGUGUCUGCGGCUGGGCCUGCGAGGACCCGGGGAUUGCCUGGCCAAGAUCGCUGAGGUCCACUCUGGGGCAUCUACCACUGACAGCUCGCUGAGGCCCAGAGAGAGCUUUCGGGGCUCCAGAUCCCUCAGCUUUAGAAUGCGAGAGCCAUUGUCAAGUGUCUCCAGCGUGCGUAGUGUCUGAUGGGGGGACAAGA